AUGUCAAAGUUGGACCGGCACACCCUCUUGAUAGAUGAUGAAGUGGCGGCAUUUUUGAAGUCUGUUAAGACUCGUCAGACUGUCGACAUAGAAGCGGCGGGUACUCUUCCGCGGAAGUGUGAUGAGAAGAAUCCUCUCCAGAACAAUUCUUCUGAUGCUGUUCGUAGGAAGAUUCCAGUCAAGAAAACCGACAGCAGCAGUCCCAAACCGGGGCUAGUCCCAGUCUUGGCUGGCUCCCCAUGGAAACAUUACACACAAGAAUAUUUCAUUGAGUACUGGUGCUUGUUUGCAAUAGCAACUAGCAAGACGAGCCGUGAGAAUCUUCACAUGAUUCGUUCUGCGCCGGCCCUGAACGACGAAAAGCUCCAGAUCAUCCGCCAGAUAUGCCACCCAAACGUGGUUGAGACCAUGGAGGUCUACUCGCACGACGAUGGGAACCAUUAUAUCGUGUCUCGUAUGAUGGAAUCGUCUUUGAUGCACGUUUGUCGAGCUCCGGAAUACCCAUCGGAGUCACAGCUUAGUUCAAUAUUAUUCCAGGUAAGGAGGUACCGUUCUGAGGUGCUCUCUGGGUCGGAAUACCUUAUUAGCAAAGGGCUCGUACCCGAGUCAAUUACUUGUGCCGGGGUCCUGAUCAAUCUCGCUGGUGAGGUCAAGAUCAGCAAUAUUGAGGAAUUUCAGCCAGGAGGAAAAGGACCGGACGCCAAGAUUGGUCUAUCGAAUUUGGAUCGCUGGUCCCCUGAAGCUGUUAACAUGCUUAGUUUGUUAGACUCAGGGCCGAGCAUGGAGGAAUUAGCCAAGCAUGGCUUCUGGAAAAAAGGAAGGAAAGAAGAUUUGAAAUCGCUUGCUUAUUUUACUCUGAUUACUGCAUAUCAUCCAUGUGCCUUUCUCAGGACAGCAUGA